GCCAACCCAGUCAGUUAGUCGACUGUUUUCGCUGUCUGAUCGUCAUGGGACGCAUCUCUUGCUCAUUAGUUAUGUGCGUGCCAUUAGUGUUAAACUUUCUACUUUUCAACAGUUUCGCUUGGGCUUCAAAUCACGGCGUAGGUGAUACGUUGGAUAAUAACUUGGUGGCUUCCGUGCAACCGCUGGGAAGUUAUUCUGACGUUGAUGCGUUCCUACGCGGUUGCAUGCAAAACUACGGAUCGAAGGCAGUGCGCCGCGUCAAGGAUCAAUGGGCACAGACGGGCGUCUGUUUGGAGAGGAUUUUCUUCACCGAUCACAUUGCGAAGCAGAGCGAUGGCCUGCUGAUUCGCAUUCCGUCGGACAACAGGACGACAACGAGCAUGAAUGAUGCGCCCAUUACGAGCCUAUGCAAUAAUCACAUACCGGACAUUGAGCAAUGCAUUCAGUCGUUCAUUGUGGCACUCAAAGGCUGCACGGCCGUCCAGGGCGAUCACGAUUUACAAUCGCUUGGAUACGCGUUGUCGGGCGCGCUGAACUACGCCUGCCAACACGAAGGAGAACGCAUCGUUAGGUUCGUUGCUGGGGGCGGCACCGAGUGUCUGAAAGAACCACAUGACGCGGACAUCCUUGACUGCUUUCCACUGCGACAUUCUUUUCCUCACUCGACUGCAAGGAAAUGACUCUAUUUUUCAGAAGGAGAAUUGCAGGAUUCAUCAAGAGAGUAACGAGUGUAUCGUCCGAGUGUUUGAGCAGUGCACCAAUCCUUCGAGCAACGUCAAAGAUAUCAUUCGAGGAUUAUUAAAUACCAUCAUGAGUGAAACCAAAUGUGGCAGUUACAUCCACACCGUUAACGAGAGCGGCCCUUCGGCAAGCUACAACAAUAGCUUCGCAGUACUGCUACUUUGCAUACUAGUUUGCAUGUAUCAUUUGUUCGUGUAGUUCGGGUUCUGCAAAUGUUAACAUUAAACUUAUUUUUAUUUAUU